GUUUCCUCUCAUCAAAUACUUCGACAGCAAUAUAGUUUCUGAUAUUGUCUGUACUAAUAUGUUUAACCUUUAUGGCAUAAUAUUAAUCAUUAUUACAAUUACGCGGUUAAAAAACAUCUUUAAAAGCCUACAUAUGAACGAGAGGUGCGCAUUAGAGCGCAUCUAAAGCAGAUAGUGAUGUGCGCAUGCGUGUAGGAUGCUGAUGCUGAGCGAGCGCCUCGCGCACAGAUGAUGGGCGUGUGAACGCGAUCCUGGGUUAGUCUUCACUGGACACCCAUGGUAAAACGUUUAUGGGGUCUGAAAAGGUGGAAAUGGGAAAACGGGCAUCACAGGAUGCUGGUAAAGUCAUCCAAGCGCCAAAGACGCACCCCAAAGCACAGAUGUCGGAAAAGGUGAACACGCAAACCCUCGGCUGGCUCAAUGCUCCUCCGAACGCCUGCUGCUUCUGCUGGUGCUGUUGCUGCAGCUGCUCCUGUCUGACGGUACACCCUGCCAAGGAGGAGAAGACUCUUACAACAAGCUCAGAAAAACAAGAGGAGGUCGAAACUGAGCCGAAGCCUGCGCUCACACUAGAGGAGGCGCAGUCUUGGGGCGAAUCGUUUGAGAAGCUGAUCAAGAGCACAGAAGGUCGUGCACACUUCCAACAAUUCCUAAAGAUUGAGUUUAGUGAAGAAAACCUGCUGUUCUGGCUCGCCUGCGAGGAGUUAAAGAAAGAGACCAACAGAACGGUCGUUGAACAGGCCGUGAAACGGAUAUAUGAGGACUACGUCUCUGUAUUGUCACCUAAAGAGGUGAGUCUGGACUCUCGUGUGCGUGAACUGAUCAACAAGAACAUGCAGGAAGCCAGCUCGUGUACGUUUGACGACGCACAGCUACAGAUCUACACGCUCAUGCAGCGAGACUCGUACCCACGAUACAUGAACUCCAGCGCCUACGCAGACCUCCUAAAGAGCCUUCAACAACCUAAUGAAUCUUAACACACAUGCACAUGAGAUUGGAAAACAGGCUUAAAGGAUCUAAAUACAAGUUAAAGCUACAUUACCACAGAAAACCAUUCUGAUUGAAAAUGUGGUUACAGGAAUCUAAUGUGGGUCCUUUAUACCAAAUCAUAAAUCAAACUGAAGUUUUUCACUAUUUCAAAAGUUGUCGCAUUUUUCUUAGUUCAACUUUCUUUCUCAAAUGAAAAUAUCUGAGAUCUCUGCCUGUACUGUGGUGAUGCACUUACAAUGGCAGAACCGUGACUGUGCCUUGCCUAAAACGCUAUGACAGAAAAUUCAUACAGGUGUCAUGAAACACUGGUGCUGUCAAUUGUUAAGACCACUAAAAGAUUUCUUGUGAAAUGAUUAACAGAUCUCACACCACACUAAGACUGAAACUCUGUAGUGACGCAUCUUAUAUGUUUAUGAACUGCAUGCAUGUUUUAAAUGCAGUGAUCGCAGCAGAUACACUUUAUGUAUACCAGAUACAACUGUACAAAUAGAUUUAAGUAACAAUAAAGCACAAAUCAUUGAACAAAUCAAUAAAUAACAUUGUUACAAGUUAAUGGCUUGUGUGGACUGAUCUAAUUCAUAUCUGGCAAUAAAUAUUUAAUUCGAGUGAAAUUCGCAUGACACAAAGGAACGGGGUGCUUCACGAUUUGGGGAUGCUUCACCAUUAUGCUACGUACACACCAAACGUGAAGCCUCACAUUCCUCGCUCUAGAUUACUUGCUGUAUUUAACUUUGUGUCAUGCGAAUAUUUCGCCUGAGUUGAAUAUUUUCAACUUGUGCAAAGAUGCAAAUAGCACAUGUUUUCGCAAGAAAUUCACAUCAUUCGCAUCGCCAUGCCUGAGUUUGCGUAUAUUUGUGUCUUUUUUUAUUGACUUUGUAUUAGGGAUGCUUAACA